UGCGAGGGCUGCAGUUGAGAUGUUGACUUUUGGGAUCAGUGCAGGAGAGGAUGGAGGCCUACACAAACACACUAACAUUGUCAACCCAGGAAAUGAAUUGUUCAUCCUUUUUGUGCAUGAAACAGUGCAUUUAUCUUGGAGGAAGGAAAAGAAUUGAACCAGCAACAAGGCCAUGAUGAUGAAAGGUGCAUUUGUGCGUCGAUUUCUUGCUGCGUGACCUGAAAACCCUAAACUUUCAUGUUGUAUUUUUAAAUGAAUCUGAAUGUUUCGUGGGGUGUAACUGCGUCCCUGACCGACGGGGAUCGUGACCCCGACACUCACUUCGACACUCUUUCUCUGAUCUCCUCCUGUAUUGCCAAUAAAUCCUGAUAAUCACAACCCAGGGGUCUCAGGGCCAAAACAAUCAGACACACAAGCCGUAUCCUGUGAGAGAUUCAGUAUCAGCACCUGACGCCUGGAAAACAGGAAAAGCAUUUCAGCGGCUGCAGAUGUGUUUUCGGGGGGAGGAGAAUGGGCCGAAGAAAUAUAAGACCCCGACUGAGAACCGUUCGCAGCAGAGCAAAGAAGGAGCCAACAGCGCCAUGUCUUACUACGAGCACAUUCUCGUCGACUUCAACGAUACCGGCUCUGGAUCUGGUUCUGGCUCUGGAGAUUUGGGGGUGGACUUGGAGGAGCUUUGUGAUGUGGACUAUGUGGUGACUGCCGACCUUCAGCAGGUCUUCUUGCCGGUGGUCUACGCUCUGAUCUUCACUCUGGGCAUCACUGGGAAUGGACUGGUGGUCAUCGUGCUGGGCUGCCAGCGCAGGUCCAAAUGCAGCCUCACUGAUCGCUAUCGGCUCCAUCUCUCAGCGGCAGACCUGCUCUUUGUUCUGGCUCUGCCAUUCUGGGCUGUGGACGCUGCUCUGUCGGACUGGCGCUUCGGUGCUGCCACCUGUGUCGGAGUUCACGUGAUCUACACGGUCAACCUCUACGGGAGCGUGUUGAUCCUGGCCUUCAUCAGUCUGGACCGAUACCUGGCUGUGGUCAGGCCCACUGACACCAACACUGGAGGACUGAGGCAGCUGCUGGCUCACAGGCUGGUCUAUGUGGGUGCCUGGUUACCUGCUGCUCUGCUGGCAGUUCCCGACCUAGUAUUCGCCAGAACUCAAGAGGGAGGUGAAGGUUCGACUCUGUGCCAGAGAUUCUACCCGGCAAGCAACGCUCCCCUCUGGGUGGCAGUGUUUCACCUGCAGCUGGUUCUGGUGGGCCUUGUGAUCCCGGGUCUGGUUCUCCUGGUGUGCUACUGUGUGAUUGUCACCAGACUGACCCGGGGUCCUCUCGGGGGGCAAAGGCAGAAGAGACGGGCGGUCCGGACCACCAUCGCUCUGGUGCUGUGCUUCUUCGUGUGCUGGCUGCCCUACGGAGCCGGCAUCUCCGUGGACGCCCUGCUGCGGCUGGAGGUCCUGCCCCGCAGCUGCAGCCUGGAGUCGGUUCUGGGUGUGUGGCUGGCGGUGGCUGAGCCCAUGGCCUUCUCACACUGCUGCCUGAACCCUCUGCUGUACGCCUUCCUCGGGGCCGGGUUCAAGAGUUCGGCCCGGCGGGCUCUGACCCUCAGUCGAGCCUCCAGUCUGAAAGUUUUACCACGGAGACGCACCGGGGCCUCAACCACCACUGAGUCCGAGUCCUCCAGCUUGCACUCCAGCUAGUGUUGGCUGACUGAUAUCUGAACUGUAGACAAUGGUGUGUGUGUGUGUAAAGACUCAUCAUGUGAUGUGUUGUGAGACAGUCUGCUGGUCCAUGACUCGACCUCUGCAUCAUCAUGGUUCUUCUUUUGUAAAUA